AUGUCAAAACCCAAAUCUAACGUCGCUCUCCUGACUGAAGGAGCAAGCUAUAUCCAACGAGCAAAGAAAGCUAGGAGGGAGCAAGUGGAGGAAAUUAAAUUUGAUGACGAAGCGAGACGAGAAUGGUUAACAGGGUUCUCGAAACGUAAGAAGGCCAAAGCAGAGGAGAAGAAAGCGAGAGCCAAGGAGAGGGAUCACUUGGCUCAUCUGAAAGAACGUCGAGAGGCAAGAGCGGAUCUGAGGAAAAAAGCAGCUGAAAAUGUGAAAUCAGUAAGGAGAGCUAUGGGAUUGGAAGAUCUUUCUGAUGAUGAUGAGGAUGAUGAUGAAGACGACGACGAGAAUUUAGCUGGACCAGGACCAUCCUCGUCCAAGAAUGUAGAAGAGGAAUAUUCGGAUGAAGAUCAAUUAGCUACUGUGACCAUAACAGAGGACUUCGAUCCUUCUUCGGUCCAAGAUGAUUUCAAUAUGAACGACUCGGAGGAUGAGGAUGGCGGAAGUAAUUCGCGAAGUCAGCUAAAGGAGGAGCAACCAAAGCCCAUGUCAAAAGUCAAGAUGUUACCUCCAAGUAGUGCCAAGUUACAGAAACUCCGUGAGAAGAAAAAAGCCGAAAAGAAGAAAUCGACUUCUAUGGAGACUGCUUCGGAACGUAGGAAGGGAAGGGAGAUGGAGGCUAGGAGAAGGACCAAGAAAGCUGCGCUGGCUAGGGAACGGGAUGGCGGCGGUGGUGGAAGGGGAGGAGCGAGAGGUGGGAAAAGAGGGAGAGGUAAGGGGAGGAGGUAA